AGGACAGAGACACUAGAGACAGAACGGGCGGUGUUUAUUUUGUUAGGUUAGAAUUGGGUGGGUUGAGAUACUUGUGCGGUAUCGUAAAGUAUUUUAUUCAAUCAGUUACGUGAAAUGGCAUUCAAUAUUUUGAAAAAACUCGCUACACCAAACAGCUUAGGAAAUAGGCUUUAUAGCAAUGAAUUGAAAAAGUGUACACUCAUUCCUGGAGAUGGAAUUGGUCCUGAAAUAUCAGCAGCAGUGCAACAAAUAUUUGGAGCUGCUAAUGUUCCUAUUGAGUGGGAGGCUGUUGAUGUUACUCCAGUAAAGGUAUUGCAUUUAAAACUCAUUAGGCUACAAUACAUUUCCCUAUACCUUUCACCAUUAAGCCUGCUGGAUGCUUGGUUGGAUGAAAUGUUCUAAAAAUGUGGAAAUUUAUUUAAUACUCAUAAUAUCUAAUGUAUUAUAUCAUAUUUAUAUUGAUCUCCUGGUUGAUUACAUUUCCUAUUAUGUAGAGGUGUCCUGGGCUGGGACCCAGGCUAAUUUGAUUCUUAAUCAAUGUUUCAAAUGUUCUUUCCAUAAUAAUGUCAUUUUCCAAAUUAGCAACAACAAACUGUCUAUCUUUCAUCAUCAUCAUUACAGUUUACCUACAAGGGUCCCAUGAAAAUGAGGAUACACACAUUAUGAAUUAAUUACCAGGAAACUUUACUCAACAAAAUAUUUAGUUCAUUCAACAAUAAAUAAUAAUCAUUCUUUAAUAAAUUGAAUACACAUGAUCACAGUAUUACUCUAGGGGUAUUACUCUAUUCUCACACUAAUAAAAUGAAUUAUUGAUCCUACUAGAUUUCAUGAAAAAUAAUCAUUGUCAAUUGUGAAAAAAAAGAUAAGUAUGUUUAGUUCAUUCCAAAAAAUAUUUUCAUGAGCAGAUCUUUUGAGUGUUUGUGUGUGGUCUGUACUUUGUUUCUUCAGAUGCCGGAUUCUAGUAGUCUUCAAAUUCUUAUGUUAUUGACAGAGUCUAAUUCAUUGAAGCAUUUCUCUAAUGGGUUUUAUGCCAGUCAUUUCAUAGAGCAGUUGGUUAGGUGGAUUAUGAAUAUGGUUGUUGAUGUGUUGAAUUUUUGUGACAAUUCCACUCAUGUAUAAUAAUUCCCAAAAAUGCAAGUGGUAAAUUACAUUACCAGAGCAAUGCAUCAGUUUGACAAUUAUCAUAAAUGUCAGAAACAUGAUUUAACAGCAAAUAAUAUCCCAGGAAGUAGGUAUGUGGAAAUUUGGAAAUAUCUUCCAGGCAGAAAUAGUAAGGGGGAUUGAAAAAUCAACUUCAGAAAAUGCAGAAAAAGUAAUUCCUUCAUAUUAUAUUAUGGAACCAAUUUAACAAAUUUUGCAAACAACAAAACAUCAAUUUGAAGACCAAAGAGUCAGUGGAAAAUGUGACAGGAAUAAGAUGGAUUGGGGCUUUAGUAUGAAGAAACAGAAUGGGGGAGAUAUAAAAGAAUAUGUGGUGAAAAUGAUGUGGAACAAAACAGCAAAACUGUUGCAAAGCAUGUAUUAAAAAAAAUAUGUUACUUUCAACCCAUUCACUGACUUGGCAUUCAAGAAAUCCUAUCAUGCACAUAAUUAUAAAUGAAACAACAGAAGAUGAGGACAGAAUAGUGGAUCAGGACACAGGGUAUUCCUCAAAUCCUAUCAUGCACAUAAUUAUAAAUGAAACAACAGAAGAUGAGGACAGAAUAGUGGAUCAGGACACAGGGUAUUCCUUGUGGAGUAAAUUAGGACCAGAGAUUAUGGAGUAAACAGUGAACAGAGCGAGUUGACUAAUUAAACAACCAUCAGGUACAAAAACUGUCAGAAGUGACAAGAGUCUCAAGACAUUUAGAUAACAUGACAAUAUAUUUUAUAGUAACAUGUCAGUUUUUCUGGAGGUUCUACUCAGAAAUGAAACAUGUUCAAAAAAAUUAUGAAGUUUGAAAACAUCAUAAUUUUGACUCACAUUCUGCCUCCACUCACAUUUUGUCAAUAUUG